AUCUCGUACAACUCACAAUUUAUCGUUAUGGGAAAUAUAUAUUAUGUGUGCAUAACACCACAUACGUGUUUGUGGAUCUUGUGAUUAUCUGCAUUUAACGAUAAUCCCGAACGAAAUCGGCAACUAUGCGUCAGUGACGUCUCAUGAAGCGAAAAAGGGAAAGAAAUCAAGAGUUUCCUUGUGAAUGUGAACUUGUUGGCAGCUGAAGCCGAAUACUAAUGCUGAUCCAGAGGGCGUGCGGAUUGCGUGGAGGCAUCAGGACCUGCAUUCUCGAACCAGUGGCCUCUUUAUUCAAUAGUUCCAGAAAUAUGGCGAAAAGCAAGUUUGAGUAUGUCCGAAACUUUGAAACGGAUGACACCUGUUUACAAAACUGCUACAUUGUUGUGCGACUGGAUGGGCGCAACUUUCACAAGUUUGCAGAGCAGCAUAGUCUUGCAAAGCCAAAUGACAACAGGGCUUUGGGUCUGAUGACUCGGAGUGCUCAGUCUGUCAUGGAAGAACUGGAGGAUAUCGUUAUUGCUUAUGGACAAAGUGAUGAGUACAGUUUUGUUUUCAAGAGAACCUCCAGCUGGUUCAAGAGGAGAGCUAGUAAGUUCAUGACCCACGUGGCCUCCCAGUUUUCCUCCUCCUAUGUAUUUUACUGGAAGGAAUUUUUUGGGGAACAGCCCCUCCUCUACCCCCCCAGCUUUGACGGACGAGUAGUCUUGUAUCCCAGCAACCAGAACCUUAGAGACUACCUGAGUUGGAGGCAAGCAGACUGUCAUAUCAAUAACUUGUACAACACAGUAUUUUGGACAUUAGUUCAGAGAGGAGGACUCACCACAGGCCAGGCAGAAGAGCGCUUAAAGGGAACGCAAGCUUCAGACAAAAAUGAGAUCCUUUUCUCCGAGUUUGACAUCAACUACAACACCGAGCCGCUCCUCCACAGGAAAGGCACUGUGCUCAUCUGGGAAAAGCGAGAUGAAACUGUUACUAAAAGAGUGAAGCUUCCAAACGAAGAGGAGAAGGAGGUACUUGUGACACGCACCAGGAGAAGGGUGCACACUCACCACUGUGACAUUAUCGGUGACCAGUUCUGGGUGGAACAUCCAGACAUCCUAGAGCAUGGUAACUGCUAAAAACGUCUCUCCUUGAUGUAGAAGAAGACUUUAAAAUCUGUGACCGGCCAGAUUGGUUGGAGUGGACCCAAACAGCCAAUGCCUCUUAUUGGCAGACUGAUAUAAACUCUUUUAUUUGACUUACUAUUCCUGUGAAACUUUCCCUUGAGUUGAAUUGACUUUGUUUACUUUAAGAAGAAAUUAAAGGCUGAAUUAAAGGCCGGUGGCAGCAUGCUGGCCCAGUGGUUAGCACGGUUGCCUCACAGCAAGAAGGUCCUAGGUUCGAACCCCAGGCCAUCUCAGGUCCUUUCUGUGUGGAGUUUGCAUGUACUUCCCAUGUCUGCGUGGGUUUCUUCCGGGUGCUCCAGUUUCCUUCCACCAUCAAAAAGACAUGCAUGCUAGGCAUAAUACUCCUGUCUGCGCCCCUGACCAAGGCAAUGGAAAAGAAGAUCUGGAGUUGGUCCCCGGGUGCUGCAGCUUCCCACUGCUCCUAUACAAUGGGAUGGCUUAAAUGUAGAGAACAAAUUCAUUGUAAGAAUACAAUUCGUUGUAAGGAUACAAUGUCAAAUAAAGUAGCUUUCAUACGCUAAUG